GGAAGUGGGGAAGCUGAAGUUGUUUAUCUGCUCAGUGUGGAGUUAAAUCUUCAUUAAGACACCAUGAAAACUUCAUCUGUCUCUCUGCUACUCGGUUAUGUCUACCUGAGUUGUGUCGAUGAUGGUCAGACAGCUGAUGGAUGGAGAGUAAAGAGGACCAGAGGAGUAUCCACUGAGGGCUGUAGUACAGCUGCAGACUUUAGAAGGUUUAAUAAUUCCUUCUGUGUUCUGGAUCUCUCCGUCUCAUCUGGUGGAAGUUUCUGGUGUGAAAACUCAUCUGGACAGAAGAGCGAUGAAGUCUCCAUCGCUGUUUCAGAAAAACAGUUGAUCCUGGAGAUCCCAGCGCUUCCAGUGAACACAGGAAGUAAUGUCACUCUGCUCUGCAAACCCAGAAACGGUUCAGCAAAAAAAUCGUAUUUCUUCAGAGAUAAAGUCAAACUUGGACAUGGAACUGAAGGAAAAUGGAUUCUCCAUAAUGUGCAGCAGUCUGAUGAAGGGCUCUACUCGUGUUCUACUCUUAUUCAUCAGUCUCCUCAAAGCAGGCUGAAGGUCAAAGAGCCUCCUCCUCCCCCUCACACAACCAUAAUGUACACUCCUUCACCCUCACCCUCACACUCACCCUCACAUUCACCCUCACACUCACCCUCGCCCUCUGGUAAUACUGAGCCUUCGGCCUCUUCCUCUCUUCGUCCUCGUUCACCCUCUGUGUCUGUACUAAGACUCUUCUGCCACCUGCUGGUUUUCUGUCCAUACUUCAUCUCUACCAUCCUGCUGCUGUUGAUCUGCUGCAGCAGGAAAUGAGGUAACAAACAUGAUGUAUCCAUGGAGAUGACCGAGGAAGAGGAUUGAAGCUGCAACAUUUUCAGUGUUUCAGUGAUUUCUUUUUUAAUCUGUUGCAUUGAUGCGUGUGGGGUUUUUUUAAGGUUCAUGAUUACACUAAAAAAUCAAACAUUUGUGAAAUAUGAAAAAACUGGGCUAAUAUAGGUGUAUUUAUGUUUGUUAAAUGAUUUAUAAUUAUUGGUUGUAUUUGUAUUAAAGGAAAUUCAGAUCA